GCCUCAAUAGGCUUUUUUCCGAGGCUUGUUUUUUUUUUUUCUUUACUCUUGUCCCGAGACUGGCAUCUCUCUUUUUUUUUCUUUUCUUUUUUCGAUUACUUCUUUUGGUGUUUUCCUUUGAACCUUUUUAGGUCAUCAUUACCCUUUACCCUGGAUGUUUGACAAUGUCCCCUGGUGCUCAGUAAAGGACUUGGUCAAAAGGACUUGGGUCACUACAUCAAGUACCAAAUGAGAAGAAAAAGAUCACGCACAAAUGCUCUUUCGCAUACGGUGCUUGUGGCCGCCACCGGCCUGCUACUCUUGACUCUUCCGACGGGGGUUUUAAGCAGAAGGCUCUUUGAAGGAGAUGCUAAGAUCCCUGCCGACUUCAGAGAGGUGACAGGACCUUCUCCCUUGGGUGCGGCGUCCGCACCUCUCAUCACACCGGCGCCGGUGGCGGUGACAGCGAAGGUGCGACGGGAUGAUGUCGACGACCUGGAUGUUGACUACUACCAGGCAGCCUUUGGGCCGGGUCCUGGGCCUGGGCCUGGCCCUCCACGACCACGACCUCCAGGACAGCAGCAGCCACCACAGCAGCAACAGCCGCAACAACCAGGAUCGCAACAGCCACCUUCACGGGGUCCAGAUGAUCAGAUAGUCAUGUCGCUAUCUAGCGCGCUACUGGCCGCUCAGAGGAAUCUCAGCCAGGCGUCUCAGACGUUUGAGCAGUCCAUCAGCGAGCUUCAGGGAUCCUUGGCCUUGGCGACGUCGGCAGCUCAGGCUGCCAGUUCAAACGCGGCUGAAGCGUCCACCUCGGCAGCCUCUGUUGCUGCAUCGGCCUCUACCGCCCUGGCUGUCGCGAGGGCAUCCAUCAGCAACAUUCAGGCGGCCGCAUCUCAGUCAUUGGCGGAUGCAGAGACCCGGGCCAAGUUGGCUCAGGCGAGCGCCAACAGUGCCGAAGCAGAUGCAAGGCAGGCAAGGGCCGAGGCGGAUAGCCGUGUAUCACAAGCCCAGGGCGCCUCCGUAUCCAUCACUCAGGCCGCCAUCGCCGUGGUCGCAUCCGUCCUGGGCUCGGCUCUCAUUACUUUGAUAGUACUCUGGCUCCUCAUGCGGUACCGGCGUAAGAAGAAAAUAGAGAAGCUCGCCGAGGAGGAGGAAAAGGAGCAGAUAGCGUUGGCUGCGGAGAAGCAGCGCCUGGCGGCCGAGGAGGCUAGGAGACGCGGACUGGAGCGGGGGGCAGCCGCCAUGCUGAUGCACUCCCGCCAACGGAACAGCGGGUCGUUUCAGUCACGGAACAGGGUGGGGAGUGUCGGCGUAGGGGGUGCGAACCGCAACUCUGUUGCGUCGCGUAGGGGCAGCAUGGUCGGGCAGCGUGGCCCGGGGCCCGGGAGUGGCAUCGGCGGACCCCCAACUAGGCCCCAAUCUGGGUCGACCAUGGCCAGCAGCAGCAGCCACACAUACGUGAGCGACCAUCCCAUCAGCUUUCCCAGGGGGGCUGCACUGGCCGGGCCUCCUGGUUCUCGAAACAGAGAUUCAUUCAACAGUGAACAUGGUUUGGUUGGCUAUGCGAUGAGCACAACGAGCGAUCACACGUCGUCGAGGCCCGUCACGGCUGACAUGUCGGCCGUGCCGGGAACGGGACGUUUCAACCUCGCCUUGGGGUCGCACCCAGUGGGCGGCGCGCCAUCGUCCAACACGGAUCUGAACCGGUCGUCAUCCCAUGGUUCGGACCGGAGCCGCCCUACGUCAAGGGCGCCAUUCUUCCAGCAGCGACUUGGACGGUUGGAGGAGGAAGACCUACCCAGAACCAGUCUGGACCGACAACGACCUAGUCUCGACCGGCAACGAACCACCAGCCCAACUAUUUUGCGGACAGCCGGGGACGAAACGGCAGCGACGGGAUCGGGAAGGGUGGUGGAUACUUCAAGCAGCGAAACUGCGGUGGAUUCGGGGGUAGAAAGAAGGAGAGAAGAUGGGAGCAAGGAGGAUGGAGGGGGCAAAUCAGAAGGACAGGAGCCACGAGGAGAAGCACAAGGGCACGGCCGCAUCGCCAAGCUGUCCAUCAAACAGGGCAACGUCUCGGCCGUGUUUACGGCCCGGCUCAUGGACCGAUUCCUCCGCACCGCCCAAGCAAAGCUCCGGUGACAUGCAGCGGCUAACGGUUAACCAAGGUAACUACGGUACCUACCGACCUAAACAUCCCGUCCGAAAAAAAAGCCCACACGGCAUUUCGUCACUCGACCUUCGCCAUG